AUGGAAAAAGAAUUAGAGCACCUUGGUCACUUUAUCUUGGGAGAAGGGGUAAGGGUUGAUCAAAGGAAGAUUGAGGCCAUGGUGGAUUGGCCAUUGCCUAAGGAUGCUUCGGCUUUGAGGGGUUUCUUGGGCUUGAUCGGGUAUUAUAGAAGAUUUAUGCAGAACUAUGGUCACAUUGCCAAGCCACUCACUUCUUUGCUCAAGAAUGACAAUUUUGAGUGGACACAAGAAGCAAGGGAAGCCUUUGAGAAUUUGAAGAGGGCUAUGAUCGUGACCCUCGUGCUUGCAUUGCCCAACUUUGAGAAGUCAUUUGAGGUGUAUACGGAUGUGAGUGAGGAAGGAAUAGGUGCUGUUUCGGUGCAAGAGCAGCAACCAUUGGCCUUUAUUUCCAAGCAAUUGGGCCAAUGA